AUGCAUCUUCCUUUCUUUUCUCUCUCAAUCUUUUAUACUCUCUGGAAUAGCAAGUCCUUUUUUGCCUCACUUUCAUCACUGUUCCUAUCUCUCUCUACACAGUAUCUUCAACUUUUUCAAUACAUUAUCCAUUAUUCUGUGAUCCACAAUUUCUUAGGCAACGAGUGGUGGUUGAAGGAAGUAGGCAUCCUUCUGCUACAAUUGUCUGCUACUGCUAGUAGUUAUUGUUUCAUAAGUAUAGGUGAAAACUUGAUUAUGGAGUGGAAUUUGAAAGCAUCUUCAUGGGAUUUGAGUGGUAUAGAAGAGGCAACAACAUUACCUAACAUAGAAACAAUGGAAGAAUCUAACAGAUUUGGAGUUUAUAAGAGCAAAGGAGAGUUUUCUGUUGACUUGAAGCUUGGUCAGGUUGGGAAUUCUGCUACUGAAUCAUCUUCCUCAGUACCACUUCCUUUGUCCAAAGAUGUUUCUGCUUCUGUCUCCAAAAUUGCGUCCCCUUCUUCUUCUUCGGGUUCCUUUAAGAGAGCUCGAGCGGUUAAUAACACUACAUUGACAGUUUCAUGUCUUGUGGAUGGGUGCAAUUCUGAUCUUAGUAAUUGUAGAGAUUAUCAUAGGCGGCAUAAGGUUUGUGAACUUCAUUCCAAGACUCCUGAGGUUUCAAUUGGUGGACUCAAACAAAGAUUCUGCCAACAGUGUAGCAGGUUCCAUUCGCUCGAUCAAUUUGACGAAAGAAAAAGAAGUUGCAGGAAACGUUUAGACGGACACAACCGGAGGAGAAGAAAACCUCAGCCCGAACCUAUCACCCGACCUACUGGCAGUUUUUUGUCCAACUACCAAGGCACACAGUUGCUACCCUUUUCAAGUUCUACUGCGAUGGUGAAUUCAGCUUGGAGUAACGGACUGAUUUCUUCCGGUGAAAGUGGUAUGCUACACAUCCACAAUCAACACCAACAAGUUCCUGUAAUUGACAAACAAGAUCUUUUUCUCGGUUCAACUGCAACCAGUUACGGAGAAGGGAAGCAACUUCAAUUCUUACACACGGACAACAACAUUCCUUCGCUUCAUAACCAGAACUCACCUCUUCUAAGGACAAGUAACAAAAUGUUCUGUGAUAGCUUAACGAAUUCUUCAGUAAACGAAUCUCCUUGUGCUCUCUCUCUUCUGUCAUCAUCACAGACACACACACCUGAGAAUGGUUUGAACCAAAUGGUGCAGCAGCAGCAGCAGCAGCCUCACUCAAUGUCACUUAUGCAGCCCUUAGGACUGAGUCUGCAUGGUAAUAACAACAGCUUUGAAUCUAUGGAUAGAGUUUUGGUCCCUAAUGGGAGUGAGAGUGAUCAUUGUUCUUCAUUGUAUAACUUGGCUUCGGAUGGUUCUCAAGGCAAUGAAGCACCUCAACUCUUCCCCUAUCAAUGGGAAUAG